AUACUAUCGCGAGUGAUCGACCAGCUGUCGCUUUCAACCGGUUGUUUAUUUUUCUAAACUUUUAAAUUAAAGUCUUGUAGCGUAAUGUCGAGGCGAGGACUCCUUCUAAUGGGCCAGUGCAUGCCCUGCAUCAAGCAGAAUGCCUCCAAGAUCCGCAUUCGCCGCAUGGAGCUGGACAAGAACCUGAAUAUGUACUUCAAAAAGGACGAGUUCUUCUUCGCCCACGAUCCGCAGAAGGUGUGCAAGACCGGGGACGUGGUCCUGAUACGGGAACUCCCCGAGCGCCUCACCCGCCUCAUCACGCACAACGUGGAAAAAGUGGUCUAUCCGCUGGGUGACAUAACGGACCCACUCACUGGAAAGAAGGUGGUCGUGGGCAAGUACCGCGAGGACAUCGAGAUGGCCAACCAGCUGUUCGGCAAGUCCGAGAAGGCCUUCGACUACGAGAAGGCCCCGCCCCGUGGUCGCCUGGAGGGAACCAAGGACUUUACCCACGGGGAAACAUACAUCAAGUACCACGAGGAUGGCAAGGACCAGCCGUUCGCCGUUUAGAGAAUCGCCGGUCGGUUAUAUGUUAAGUUUCCCUUUUGUUUAAUAGUAAAGUGCAUUAUUAUCACGUACA